CUCUCUCUCUGCCAUCAAGCCUGGGACCUUGUGGGGAGGACUCAGUUGAGAGACAGAUCGACAGACAGACGUGGGAACACUUUCUCAAUGGCCAUCUCAGCCCUUUCCCUGAUUGAUCUCUAGGCGUUCAGGACCAAGAAUCAUCCAGAAAGUUACUAAAAUUUGGGCUCAGCAUCAGAGGCCAACAAAUGGAUAGUGGAACAAAUCGUUUUGGAAUUCUCCUUUAUUAGAAGUUUCUAAGCUCUGACUGGAUGGACACCUACCUGCCAGGGAUGCUGUAACAAGGAGAGGGAUCAUCUCGAUCAGAACACUGUGAUGUGAUUUCCUGCACAUGGACUAAUGUUGGGGACAACAACAAAAUUAACAAUGAAUAUUUGAAAAGACUCAAUUUUUUAAAUUCAAAAUUCAGUGUGACAGGAAAAAUUCAAAGUAAUAGGAUGGAAAUAAAAUGGUUUCAUCAUUUGUGGAGCAAAAUUCUAAACAAGGUCUGACAAUGGAUUACUCCACUGUGGGGGGUCAGGAUCCUGCUCCCCAUUAUUUGGAACCUGCCCAUUUACAAGCAAGUGAUGACCCAGACCUCUUCUUUCCUGGUUCAGAGGGUGCUGACCCUGGGGCACUGCCCACAUAUUUUUCCCGGGCAUCUGAAUCCUACAGGCACUCGCCAGUGCGGCAGUUGUAUCCUUUGCUCAAUGGUUUGCAAUGGGUGGACGGACACCCUUACAGCACAGCAGCCUGGGCUUCUGGGAAGCCCCACACUGGACUCCCAAUCUAUACAUCCUCUUCAACCUCCUCCUAUCAGACCCUGCAAGCACCCCCUUCACCCAAGGACCUUACCCCUGAGGAUAACAAGGGGAGCCCCAGAUACUUGGAGAUGCUGAAGAUGGAACGGACCAGCCCGCCUCACGGUGAACUGCUCACACUGGGGACCUCAACUGGAUUGACGGCCCACAGCCCUUACACCGUUGGCCAGGAGUACGGAUACUUCCAGCAGGCUGGGAGUCCUCUGACAGCCAGAUACUCCCCAAAAGUGCGAGGAGGAGCACCGCUCUCACCCACUGAGGCACGCGAGUGUGUGAACUGUGGAGCCACUGCCACACCCCUGUGGCGAAGGGAUGGCACCGGCCACUAUCUCUGCAACGCCUGUGGACUCUACCACAAGAUGAACGGACAGAACCGGCCCCUCAUCCGGCCCAAGAAGCGCCUGAUUGUCAGCAAGCGAGCUGGAACCCAGUGCAGCAACUGCCAAACCACCACCACCACCCUCUGGCGCCGCAACGUGAACGGAGAGCCCGUAUGUAAUGCCUGCGGCCUCUACUUCAAGCUCCACAAUGUGAAUCGUCCCUUGGCCAUGCGCAAGGAUGGGAUCCAGACACGGAACCGCAAGGUCUCCUCUGCCAAAUCCAAAAAGCGCAAAGGAAAUUCUGGGGAAGCAGGCAUAGCCACAACCGCCCCCUUGGAGAUAAUGUCGCCUCCUCUGAUGGGGGAUGAAGCCGCUGCCCUCUAUACUCUGAGCCCCAUGAUGCUGCCAGGACACCUUCUCCCUUUUGGACCCAAUCCACACCUUCUAGGAUCUCCACCAGGCUUUUCUUCACAGGCUUCUCCUGCCCCACAUAGCUCUCCUGGAGUUGUCUCUGCACUGGGGUAAAGAGCCUUGUAAUAUACAUUCCGCACAUUCAUGUACAGAGACUCUGGGAUAUGACUGAGGAAGAAGCAUCUCCCCCCUGGUAACUUUUUGAAGCAGCCAUAACCAUUCAGUGCCCCUUGAAAUGACAACCAAAAAGGACAACACUGGGAGUGUACUAUGAGCCCUUACCUGAGAAGACAGGGAUCUAGUAUGGAGUAAUUAUUGUAAGCAGCAGAUAAGGUGGUGAUAGAUGGGUAAAUGUUUCCAAACUGUACCAUUUCAGGCUGGAGGUGGAGAAUGGUGUGGUUGGAUUCUUCUCCAUGGUGGGAAACAAUCACUGCCUUUGUAAAAAAUUGUUUAGGAGGGGAAAGGCUAGUCUAGAAACCUUCUUCUUGACAUCUAGUUUCCUAUGUAUAGUGUGUGUGUCUGUGUGUAUGAAGAUGCGUUAUCCUGCUGUUCACUUGCUGCCCAAAGCAGCAGAGUCCAGGCACAGUUUUGCUGUUUUAUUGCACAAUCCCAUUUGUUCUUGGUGUGAAGUAGGCCACUAGAGUAUCCUAUCCAUGCCAUCAUCCAGCUUUUUUUAUUCAUUUAUAAAUAACUUCUUUCCACUCAGCUGCAUACAUACUGUCUGCUCAUGUGCAACCCCUGAAGUGGUUCAAUCCAGGAAAUGCAUUACCAGUUACUCCUCCAGUCCAUUCAUACCAUACAGUUAUAGUGCUAUGAUUGUACUUUAAUGGCCACAGUCCCAUCUGAUGGAAUCCUGGGAUUUGCAGUUUAGCGAGGGGCAUUUAUAUUUCUCAGCUAGAGAACUCUAGAGCUUCCCCAAACUACAGAUCCCUGGGUACCAUAGGAUGGAACCAUGGAUGUUAAAGUGGAAUAAUAGCACUAUAUCUGUGUAGCGUAUACUGCUAACUGCAUAAACGGGCUCUUUGUCCAGAAUUAGGAGGGAGGGAGUAACCGAAGGGCAUAGCGAGGGGAGUACUCUGUCACACUGUUCCCAUUGAAGGAGUUCAAAAGUCCUUUGCCUGUUGUGUCUUGGCUCAGUGUCCUUUAGCUCCUUCCAGUUCAAAAUAUGCCCCCUGUUAAAUAUUAGUUUCUGACCAGGACAAUUUGUACAUAUUCUUUAUGAAGAGAGAGGCUGAUUGCUGUCUUGAAUGUUCUCCCCUGAUCCUUUUCUAAGCCCACCAAUGUGUUUUAAAUGCAAAAUAAAAGCAAGUAUGUAUAACUGUUAA